CGGCGGCGCGUCAAAUAAGGCAAAAAUCGGCGGCGGCGGCGGCGUGGCGCGGCGGCGUAUAUGUCUACUAGAAAUUAUUGCAGACGAAAUGCAAAUUAAUCCCUUUAUAAGUAUAUGAAAUAAUUAACCACAAACACAUUCAUACACUUUCUACAUACACACCCACACAUUUACACACGUUUUUAUGCGUAGUAGUUAGUCGUAAGCGGAGCAAAAAUAUUUAGCAAAAAGUUACAGCUACAAAAAAAAAAAAAAAAAAAAAAAAACAUGUGAAAACUGAAAAAUAAAAACAAAAUAAAUGUAUUGUGCCUAAGUAUAAACCGAAAUGUUAGAAGAAACUCAACCAGAGAGAACUAAAACUUAAAUUUAAUCAAAACGCAUCAGUCAUUUAUAAUCCUUAGCCAAGCUUUUACACUCCAAGCUUACGUAUAGCCGUACCGCCACUCCCCCCCAGCACAAAUACACAACCAAACAAUGGCACCGUCUCUGCUCCCGUCUAAAAAAAGUAGCUUACAAACAAUUAAAAAGACCAUGCAAAUGUUUUUUGAUUAACAUUUUUACGCAAGCGCCAAUGUGAAAGCAAAGUUUAUUUUGUAUACAGAUAUACAUGCAUUAUACACAUAUAUAUUUGCACGGGUUGCAUAUAGAGUAAGCGAAGCAACCAGAGCCUGCAGCCAUAAUCUUUUAUUUUCAAACUUUGUUUCGCAAAAUAAAGUCCUACAGCAUUUGAAGCGAAAUAAAUAUACACAUAUAAAAGUAAAUAUAUUUUUACUAAUCAAGAAAACAUUCUAGUUGCAAUUGGGUCGAUUCCCGUACGCCCAUUGCCGAUGUGUAUAGAAUUGUGAAUGGAAUACGAGUUUAGGUGUGAAGGGGGAUGUGUUAGCCUUAAGUAUGAGGCACAGAACUAAAUUCGAUACCAUCUUAACACACAAUUUUAUCGAUGACUAUGAUCUUGGCUUAGUUAACAACAUUCCAUAUAGCAAAUCGGGUUCGGAGAAGUCGAAUCCACGUUCCGAAACAAUAGUAUCAGCCUGUGGAAUGUAACCCCAUAAUAACCAGGUGGCAAGUCACUUUUAAUAAAACUAAACGUAGACUUAUCCAUAUUAUAGAAGUCAAGUGUAAUGCCUGGAAUAAUGCAAUCGCGAGUCGUCAAUAUUUUUGACAAUAAAAAAGGUCUAUAACUUAUUUGUAAAGUAAGAGAACACGGCUAGGCAUACAGAUUGUGUAUAUACAUUAUUUUAGAUAUACUAAGGACAUGUGACUGGCAAAUAUUUAUAUACUAUUCUAUGAGCUAUGUAUCUGCAAGUCAAACACUGUACUAUAAAGUACUGUGUCUAUGAGUCCCAAAACAAUCCCCAAAGAAAUUGAACACCAACUACCCCAAAGAUCGGCUUCCAUUGAUCCAAAGGCCCUUUAGCCAUAACCUUAAACUUAUAAUUAAAGCUAACCAAUAACAAAACUGGAAACGCAACGUCCACAACAAUAUUAAUACUUGCAAACUUUUAACCCUAGCUUACACUUAAGAGAGUGCAACACUUUUCUAAAGUUUUGGCGAUAGUCCAAUGAUCGGGAUGCUCAGUUUCUAGUAUAUAAAAAACCCCUUGGAGAAUACGGAGAGAGACGCUCACUUAAUCCGUAGCGCACUAAGUUUUACUAACUAAUUAGCCUAUGAAUAACCAAGCCGGCUUGUGUCGCCAUCUCAACAAAUCUAAAACAAGACAAGGAAACACACUAAACACCACAAGAAAAUUAUUCAAUCAUGGAAAAUACUGAAAAACAUAAAAGAAGAAGAACAUUAAAAGGCAAACACCACAAAAGAAAAACUAAUUUGUAAAAAUAUUAAUAGCGAAUAAAAAUUAUAAUUUAAAAACUCUAUUAUUGCUAAUAGCAUUGAUAAUGGGAUUCUGAUUGGGCAUUGGCGCGCUCAUGACCAUACGCCUACUCAUCUGACGCUUCCUUCCGUUGACACAACACCUAACCAAUUACUAAAUCCAAGAACAUUCUGGCGGCAAAGUGGUGUUGCUCUACUAAUACCGGGUAUGUGGAUUCUUUAAAUUAAUGAUUAAUGAUUUAAAAGUUCGUUUACCUUCCUGAUUGUGGUACAAUUAAGUCGUAACUACUCCAUUUUUAGGACAAUAAAGUCUCAACAUUUGCUUUGUACUUCCUUUAUAAAGCAUUCUUAAAGACUAUAUGAAUACGUCCUUUAUUUUGUAUGCCAGAGUAAUAGCUAGUUUGAAAUCUGCGCGUCACUGGACAACGUGUUGAAAUUUAAAUUGAAGGCGCUUCGCACUGUCGACCAACAUUUACUGUAGUUUACAUAAUUUUACAGCACUCGAAUUAAAAGCAUUUAUUGGUCAGAGUAUUUCGAAAUCACUUCUAUGCUAGCGGGUUUCUGGCAAGACUUGGGCUGGUUGCUGCAUAUUGACUGGCAUAAUUUUGAGGGGCACGUGAAUCGCAUGAAAAUAGCCACUUAAAUUAGAGUCCCCCACAACGUGGUGGGACAUGGAAAGCGCCAUAUUAAACCGCAAAUGCGUAAUCCAUAAGAUGGGCAUCAACACGCAAACAUACAUAUAUACACAGAUACAAACCCCUUUUUUUUAUUCCGAAUGCAAACAUCAGGAAAAACUCGGGAAAUCGGCAGUCUCUCGCGUUCAGCCGAUCUAAAAAGUUAGAUUGACUGCUAAAAGUAAUUCAGUAAAUUCGUAAAAAUCGUUCUGUUACGUUGGAAUUUUUCGGUGUCCACUGACGCAUAUAGAAAACUGAAUGAAGCUUUGAGACGAUCAGAGUUGCCUCAGUCUGCCUUCGAACGUCGCUCGUGUAGGAAUUCAAGUUUGGGCAGCGGAUUGGGGCUUCCCAGUUCAACGCCAUGCUGUCCUGCAUAAUCCUAAUCAGCUGGCUGCUGCUGGUGUGGUUUUACUUCCUGUGGAGUCGCCGAAGAUACUAUAUUGCCGCUUGGCAGUUGAGAGGACCCGUUGGAUGGCCGUUAAUUGGCAUGGGAUUACAGAUGAUGAAUCCGGCGACCUUUUUACAGUACAUGGAUGGUUUGUCGCGGCAGUUUAAGGCUCCGUUUAUAUCGUGGAUGGGAACCGACUGCUUCCUGUACAUCAACGAUCCAAGCACCGUAGAGCAAAUCUUUAAUUCGACGCACUGCACCAAUAAGGGCGACUUAUAUCGAUUCAUUAGCUCGGCCAUUGGUGACGGACUAUUCACGUCCAGUUGGCCUCGUUGGCACAAGCACCGUCGCCUCAUUAAUCCAGCCUUCGGUCGCCAAAUCCUCAGCAACUUUCUGCCCAUCUUCAAUGCCGAAGCGGAGGUCCUGCUGCAGAAGCUGGACCUAGAGGGUGUGCAGCAUGGAAAGAGGCUGGAGAUCUAUCAAAUUCUCAAGAAAAUCGUCUUGGAAGCGGCUUGCCAGACAACCAUGGGCAGGAAAAUGAAUUUUCAGCACGAUGGUUCUGUCGCUAUUUUUGAAGCUUACAACGGCCUUACUGAAGUGUGUGUUAAACGGAUGCUGUCGCCCUGGCUCUAUCCGGGGCUCAUCUACCGACGAUCGCGGCUUUAUGGCCAACAGAAAAAGGUGGUUGGCAUACUUUUUGGAUUUAUAGAACAGCUUCUCGAGCCGAUUGUCUCGGUGGUGACCUCUGAUGCGAGCGCAGAACAGCAGAAUCCGGAGAUGAGGGCCAAGUCCAAAGCUAUUUUUAUCGAACAGGUGCGGGAGCAUGUGGAGCGCGGGCAAUUGAGUUGGCAGGACGUGAGAGACGAGGCCAAUGUGACAAUAGCAGCGACUUUCGAAACCACAUCGACGGCUUUAUACUUUACGAUUCUCUGUUUGGCCAUGCACCCGUACUACCAGGAGAAGCUCCACGAGGAGUUGGUCAGGGAGCUGCCGCCCACUGGCGACGUUUCCCUGGAGCAGCUGCAACGACUCGACUACACGGAAAUGGUGAUCAACGAGGCCAUGCGGCUGUUUGCUCCCGUACCGAUGGUCCUGCGAUCGGCGGAACAGGAUUUGCAAUUGCGGCGGGACGACGGCGACUUUCUAAUCCCUCGAGGCACUCAGAUCGGGAUCGAUAUCUACAAUAUGCAGCGCGACGAGCGGGUGUGGGGUCCUCUUGCCCGAACCUACAAUCCGGAGGCGCAUUUCGGAAAGGACGCGCCACUGAGGCACGCCUUCGCCUUUGUCCCGUUCACCAAGGGAUUGCGCAUGUGCAUUGGCUACCGAUAUGCCCAGAUCCUGAUGAAACUGCUGUUGGCCAGGAUAUUUUACAGCUAUCGCAUUAGCACAGAGGCACGGUUGGACGAGCUUUUGGUGAAGGGCAAUAUCUCCCUUAAGCUCCAAGAGUAUCCCCUAUGUCUAGUGAACCGAAGAUAAUUGAGGAGCUGGAGGGCCCCCAACUUGUUGCUGUAAUAUUUCAAUUAAAAGUGCCAUUUUUGUUGCA